UCUUCAUGAAUAUUCAUAGCAUGUAGAAGCAGCGCCUGCGCACCGCGCCAUCGAGUGUUUCCCAAGUGUUUGAAACUGGUAUUUGGUUUUCCACGUUGGACCAAGUGUAACAGCAAUACACAUUGAUCGCUGUGUUUCUUACCAGAGGAGAGAGGGGGAUUGAACAAAAAGGAUUAAUACUGUGUUAUGCUUCUCAGAAGACAUCUACGUUUAUUUCAAAUAUACAUUUGUUUCUUUUUUUCUGCGUUCAAGCGAGAGGAGUCUAGCGUAACCAACCCCAGACUGUCUCUGACAGCCAUUCACUCUGCUGCUGAACUGAGGAGAAGGAGAUAUUUCGGUCUCAUUUUUCAAUAUCUGAUUACCAAAUGUAGUUUUACUAGCGUCUUUUUUGUAUUCCUUUGUGUUUUGUGAAGAAGAAGAAAAAAAAUGCUGAGCCCUACGAAUGGGGAUCCGCUCCACGUUGUUAACUAUGUGGAGGACUAUUUGGACUCGAUCGAGUCUUUGCCUUUAGACAUGCAGAGAAACGUCUCUUUGAUGAGGGAAACUGACGCUAAAUAUCAAGAGAUUUUAAAGGAGCUAGAUGAGAAUUACGAGAAGCACAAGAAAGAGACAGACCCGGUGCAGAAGAAGAGACUGCUGCAAAGCAUCCAGAGAGCGCUGAUCCGCAGCCAGGAGCUGGGGGACGAGAAGAUCCAGAUAGUGAGUCAGAUGGUGGAGCAGGUGGAGAACCGAACCCGGCAGGUGGACAGUCAUGUGGAACUCUUUGAGACUUGCCAGGAGCCCAUCGAAAGCACAGUCACCCCAGGAAAAACCAGCCAAGAGAAAUCCAGAAACGAGACUGUGAGCACAAACGAGAAGCCCAGCAAUAAGAGAUCCAGACGGCAGAGGAACAAUGAAAAUCGGGAGAACGCAUCCAACAAUCACGAGGAGGAGAUCACAACGGGAACGCCCAAGGAGAAGAAAGCAAAAACGUCCAAGAAGAAGAAGCGAUCAAAGGCCAAGGCGGAGAGAGAGGCUUCCCCCGCAGACCUACCCAUUGACCCCAACGAGCCAACCUACUGCCUGUGUAACCAGGUCUCUUACGGGGAAAUGAUCGGCUGUGAUAACGACGAGUGUCCGAUUGAGUGGUUCCACUUCUCUUGCGUGGCACUUAACCAUAAACCCAAGGGUAAAUGGUACUGCCCCAAGUGCAGAGGGGAGAAUGAGAAAACAAUGGACAAAUCUCUUGAGAAAUCAAAAAAAGAAAGGGCUUACAACAGGUAGUUUCAUCCCAAUCCAAGGUAGUCUUUACAGAGUGUAAAAGAAACAUAUUUAUGAUGAGGGUCAUCAUUCAUUUGAAGUGCAAGGAUUGUUACAAUUUCAAUUCUAAGUGUGGUAGGGGUAGAUCUUUAUUCAGAGGCAUAUUUGAAAGUGCUGAAUGGGUCUAGCCCUACCUGCCUGCUGUUAAAGAUUGGUCAGAUCACGAUGAAAGAGAUGUGGCGUUACUCAGUUGACCUAAACAGCAGCUGUAUUGAAUGUACCAAAUAGCUAAAGAACUAACUUUAAAGGAUUCUGCGCAACUGGAAUAUUUGAAUGUGGAAAAUAUUUCAUUACCACUGCUGUUUAGGUCACUUGGUCAAUCUGCAGUGUUCAUUUACAUCAAUUAAACUAGCAAUGGGAGGCACCAUAACAUUUUUCUCAGCAGUUUUCAGAUUUACAAAUCAGUAAUGCCACUAUUAUUGAACUUACACUCAUUUCCUUUCCUACUUGCAAAAAAAGUGUAUCUCUGGGUUUGUGUUUUGAAACAUGCUAAAGUGUGUUUUUUUUUUAAAUUCACUAAAUGGUUUAAACUGUUGCUGUAUUUAAUGUGCCAGUAUUCAUCUAGUCAUAUAUAUAUAUAUAUAU